AUAUGUUUAUACAUAUGCAUAUAUGCAUGCACACAACUGUAUACGUGCAUAUGUUGCUUGCUAUUGCUUGUUAUAACGUCUGUUAUUCAUACUUCAAUUGGCGCGCAUCCCCACUCAGCAUGACGUCAUCCGUUUAGUUCGGCCAUCCGGAGACAAUUGCAGAGGGCGGUAGGUAUAGAGCGUGCUACUUUCCAGGCGGUAGUUUGUACCCCUUGGCUAUACUUUACUUUUUGUCUCUAUUUUCAAUAAUAAAUUACACAUUACUGAAAGCUGGCGAUUUUACGGGAGCUAGAGCGUCACGAGCGAGGCGGUGACAUAACCUCAAAAUGCGAAGCAUGUAACGUAGAGUCCGGUGCCAACUACCCACAAAAUCCAUGAAUGGGAGAUUGAGGCACCACGGAAGAGAGCUGUUUGAUAUAUUAUUGCGAGAAUCGUGGCAAGUGGGUAAUUCAAGAAAGAUUAACCAUUAGCGUCAAAAUGUCGAAAAGGAAAAGUGACACGCAAGUGCCGGCCGAAGAAAGCGAUUUGCUGUCGAUUCGUCCACUUGGCGCAGGUCAAGAAGUCGGCAGAUCAUGUAUUAUGUUGGAGUUCAAAGGCAAGAGAAUUAUGUUGGAUUGUGGCAUACAUCCAGGUUUGUCGGGUAUGGAUGCGCUGCCAUUUGUGGACUUGGUUGAAGCUGACGAGAUAGAUCUACUGUUGAUAUCGCACUUCCACUUGGACCACUGCGGGGCUCUGCCUUGGUUCUUACAGAAGACUAGCUUCAAAGGCCGCUGCUUCAUGACCCAUGCCACUAAAGCCAUAUAUCGCUGGCUGCUGUCAGAUUACAUCAAAGUCAGCAAUAUUGCCACGGAGCAGAUGCUGUACACAGAGUCUGAUUUGGAGACCAGUAUGGACAAGAUAGAGACAAUCAAUUUCCAUGAGGAGAAGGAUGUGUUUGGCAUCAAGUUCUGGGCUUACAAUGCAGGCCAUGUGCUAGGUGCUGCUAUGUUCAUGAUAGAGAUUGCUGGUGUGAAGAUUCUGUACACCGGAGAUUUUAGCCGACAAGAAGACAGACAUUUAAUGGCUGCUGAAAUACCAAACAUCCACCCUGAUGUACUAAUCACAGAGUCUACUUAUGGCACUCACAUCCAUGAGAAGAGGGAGGAUCGGGAAGGCAGAUUCACAAAUCUUGUACAUGAGAUCGUGAACAGGGGAGGCAGGUGCUUGAUUCCUGUAUUUGCAUUGGGAAGAGCACAGGAACUUUUACUCAUCUUGGAUGAAUAUUGGAGUCAGCAUUCUGAACUGCAUGAAAUUCCUAUUUACUAUGCUUCCUCUUUGGCCAAGAAGUGCAUGGCGGUUUAUCAAACAUAUGUCAAUGCCAUGAACGACAAGAUCAGACGACAAAUAGCCAUCAACAAUCCCUUUGUGUUCAAGCACAUAUCCAAUCUGAAAGGAAUAGACCAUUUUGAAGACAUCGGGCCGUGCGUGGUAAUGGCGUCGCCUGGUAUGAUGCAGAGCGGCCUGUCGCGGGAGUUAUUCGAAUCCUGGUGCACAGAUGCGAAGAAUGGAGUGAUAAUAGCAGGCUAUUGCGUGGAAGGCACGCUGGCCAAGACCAUUCUGUCGGAGCCUGAGGAAAUCACGACCAUGUCCGGGCAAAAGUUGCCACUGAAGAUGUCCGUCGACUACAUUUCGUUCUCGGCGCACACCGACUACCAGCAGACCUCGGAGUUCAUACGUACCUUGAAGCCGCCGCACGUAGUGCUCGUGCACGGCGAGCAGAACGAGAUGGGCCGACUGAAGGCGGCCCUGCAGCGCGAAUACGAGGAUGAUCCUAACACGACUAUGGAGAUACACAAUCCGAGAAACACGGUCGCGGUGGAGCUCUACUUCCGGGGAGAAAAGACAGCUAAGGUGAUGGGCACAUUGGCGAUGGAGACACCCAAGCCGGGGCAGAAAUUGUCCGGCGUGUUGGUGAAGAGGAACUUCAACUAUCACAUGCUGGCGCCGUGCGACUUAUCGAAAUACACCGAUAUGAGUAUGAGUCAAGUGAUACAGCGGCAGAGUGUGUACUUCUCCGCCUCGUUGCCCGUGUUGAAACACCUGUUGACGCAGAUUGCUGGCAAUCUAGAAGUUGUGGACGACAAGAAGCUGCGGGUGUUCAAGAAUGUGGACGUUACGAUUGACGGUAAAAUCGUCACAAUGGAGUGGCUAGCAACGCCCGUCAACGACAUGUAUGCCGACUCGGUUCUCACCGCGAUUCUGCAAGCUGAAAUAAUGGAUCAGUCACCGAAGUUGGCGCUACCCGCACCAACUAAGAUGGACAGGAUGCACUUCAAGGAGUGCCUCAUCGAGAUGCUGCAGGAGAUGUUCGGCGAGGACUGUGUGCCAAAAAUUUUCAAAGGCGAGCGACUGUACGUCACAGUGGACGGUAAGAAGGCGCAUAUCGAUCUUUUGAAUUUGGAGGUGACCAGCAAGGAAGACGAAACCUUCCAGCAAAUAGUGCAAACGGCCGUGACAAAAUUGCAUCAGUCGUUAGCACCGCCUUAUGAUAUAAUAUGAUACGUACGAUUAUGAGACUUGUGAUCCUAAGAAUUAAUUUGUAUUAAUGUGAACAUAUUUAUUACUUAUGAUUAAGUACUGUCAUUUUAAUUUUGAUUCAUCAAAGUUAUACAAGUCGAAGUAUGGAAUAGUAAACUAGUAUUCGAAAUUGCGAUUACACGUAAUACUAGUAUUACGAUUACAUUGCACUAAACUUGACUCCGGAUUGCAAGCUCUAUCAGAAUAGCUCACUCUAUUUACUUUCAGUUUGUUCUUUUUCUUUUAUAUUAUAUAAUCAUCGAAAAAUAUUUCUGAAAGUGUUGAAAGGGAACUUUUGUAAAGGAGAAAAGAAAUAUAAAGAAAUAUAUUUUUUAAAA